CUAGGCGGAGUGAUUUAGAGAGGACUACACCCAAGCGCCUGUUUGAUUGUAGCGGCUUCUUUUCGUUGCCUAGUCCAGAAGAAAGCCGGGACGCGAAGAAGUUGGGAAGGGUCUUGAUUGCUGGAGGCCCAUUAGCAGCCGGAAAGUCACUCUCUUCGUAGUUUCUUUUUGCCAUUCAAGGGGUGAUCCCGAUUCCAAUUCGUCUAGUGUCCAUUUUCAUCUCGUAGUAGCAUUUUCACAAACAUGUCCUGGCAAGGCUACGUGGACAACCUGAUGAGUGAUGGCAGCUGCCAGGACGCGGCCAUUGUUGGGUAUGGGGACUCGAAAUACGUCUGGGCGUCGUAUCCUGGUGGCAUGUUUGCCAACAUUCAGCCUGUUGAAAUCGAUGUGUUAGUAGGAGAGGACCGGUCAGGACUUUACUCUGGAGGGCUGACUAUAGGCAAUAAGAAGUGCGCAGUAAUCAGAGACGCCUUCACCGCUGAAGGUAACUGGACAAUGGACUUGAGGACAAAGAGUACAGCAGGGGAGCCAACAUACAAUGUUUCCAUAGGCAAAACAGGCAAAGCAUUGGUUGUUCUCAUGGGGAAGGAAGGUGUCCAUGGAGGACAGCUCAACAAGAAAGUACAUGAGAUGGCUGACUACCUGAGGAAGUCUGGAUACUAAAGCAGCCUGUACCCAACUACUUAAGAGUUCAUCCUUGCCACCCUGUUGCAUUCACACUACUUCCAGUCCUAGUUUGUAGUCUUUUUUUUUUUUUUUUGCCCACCCUUCCCUCCUUUUCAUCCCUUUCAGUUAUUCCUGAUUGUGUUAUCUUAUUCCCCUAAAUCCUGUUUUUGCCUCAAAACAUUUGUGCUAUUGAUUUUUGAAAGAAAACAUUUGGGCUCUCAAGUUGAUCCAUAGCAGAAAUUGGCAAAUUUCUUUAAAAAAAAAAGAAUUAAAAAAAGGAUGUCAUGAAAAUCUAUACCUGUACCAUACUAAGACCAGCAAUAGGACCGUUGCAGAACACUUGGUAAUAAAGCUGAAUAGUGAAUUUAAAGUACAUCUUUCUUUUUUGCCAUACUUUUCAUGGUAGUGUUCACUUGAUCAUUUAAAUCUCCCUACCUGAGCAGCCAAUGCCUUUAGAGUACUUGCACAGCAACACGUCUUCCUUACUGUCAUCCAGGAGGGAAGACUGCAAAUCUUAGACCACUAGCAUCCCAAGCCAAAUUGUUUUUCAUUCACUGCAACCCUUCAAACACUACCCAGCAUGCAUCAUGCUUUUCAUAGCCUUUUGGUUUUUUUUUAAGGAGUUCACUUUGAUUAAGUGAGGCAUCUUUGUUAGGCAUCAUGGACAUGCUGGCCCCCCUGCCUCCUCUUGACAUCUGUACACCAACCCAUGGACAUUCCAGAGACUAUAGCUCAGGCACUUAAAACUAUCGUUUGCCACUUUUUUUUUCUUUUUGAAGCUGCCAUUUUUGAUAAGUAAUCCCUGCACACAACUAUUUAGUCCACAAAAUUCAAACCAUUUCCUUUCUUUAUAGGACCAAGUGUAGUCACAGUUGUGUUUAUACAAUUGCUCUAAAUCAGGACUAUUUGCUGCUGAAGGAUGUGGUAAACCCAAGAAUUGAAUGGUUAAAAUGAUCAGCCUAUAGGAUGGGGGAAGCUGAAAAAUGGUUCUUUAUAGUUUAGCAAACUGAUUGCAUUUGUACAAACCCACGCUGUAAUGAUAACUACAUAACUGUGGAAUAAAUUGCCUUUAUAGUCAGCUGAGCUUUUUGUCACAUGGUCUGUCCAUGCUCAGUACUGCUAACUGUAAGGUCCAGCUGAAAACUAACCUAAAAGUAGACCCCGUACUCGCUGGAUUAGUCCAAACAAAGACACUCAUGGUUGUUAAAGCAUAACUACAGAACUUGUGUAUCCUGUGCCAUAAUGUAAAGAUCUGUUGUGGGAUUACUUUCACCCACUCUUCACUACAAAGUUGAUUCAUCUGUACUUUUACAUUGUUCCUCUAGCUUCUGCUCCACUGUUUAGGCCUGUGGGACACUUAUAUUCAUUUAAAUGAAGAAAAAAAUAAGUCCUGUUCCUCUUUAAUUCAAUCUCUUUGCUUACCUUUUUUUUUUUUUUUCUUACAUCUGGGAUACAGUCUUUAAUGCAUCUGGUUUCAUAUGCAUCCAGCAAAUGCCAUAAAUUGAUUUAUCACCUUGUUUACAGACAGAUCAAAUAAAUUUAUUCCAACAAGA